UUUCUGAAUCCACACAAAGUGUGAACCAAAGAAACAAAGAAGAGCUGAAAAAAGGGUAAGAGUGAAAACUAGAAAGAUGAAACCAGGUGACAUGUUUCCUGCUAACUUAGGAUCUAUAAUUGCUUCCUUAAUGGUUGUUUGGGCUAUGUUGCAGCAAUUUUUUCCUUACCAACUUCGCAACCAAAUUGAGAAAUACUCACAACAAUUGAUGACUUUUGUCUACCCUUACAUCCAAAUCACAUUCCAUGAGUUCACUGGGGAGAGACUCAUGCGCAGUGAAGCAUACUCAGCCAUAGAAAACUACCUCAGCACAAAGGCAUCAACACAAGCAAAGAGGCUCAAAGCUGACAUAGGAAAGAAUAACCAGUCUCUUGUUCUUAGCAUGGAUGAUCAUGAAGAAGUAGGUGAUGUGUUUAAUGGUGUCAAACUUUGGUGGGCUUCUGUGACAGAUGAAAAAAGGUACUACAAGCUCACUUUCCAUAAACUUCAUAGAGAUAUAAUUUUUGGGGCAUACCUUAAUCAUGUCCUAAAAGAGGGUAAGGCCCUUAAGGUGAAAAAUAGACAAAGGAGGCUUUAUACCAAUAGUGGGUCUUAUUGGAGCCAUGUAGUGUUUGAGCACCCAGCAACAUUUCAAACACUAGCUAUGGAUCCAGUGCAGAAGAAAACAAUCAUUGAUGAUCUCAUCACAUUCAGCAAUGCAGGAGAGUUCUAUUCAAGAAUUGGGAGGGCAUGGAAGAGAGGGUAUCUUCUUUAUGGACCUCCAGGAACUGGCAAGUCCACAAUGAUUGCUGCAAUGGCAAACUUACUAGGCUAUGAUCUGUAUGACCUUGAAUUGACUGCAGUUAGGGAUAACACUGAAUUGAGGAAGCUGCUGGUUGAAACAUCUAGCAAAUCUAUAAUUGUGGUUGAAGAUAUAGAUUGUUCACUUGAUUUGACAGGUCAGAGGAGGAAGAAAAAGGAGAGAAAGGAAGAGGGAGAAGAGAAAGAUCCAAUGCAAAAACAACCAGGAAUGGAAGGAAGAGAAGCAAAAAAUAGUCAGGUAACUCUUUCUGGUCUUCUGAAUUUCAUUGAUGGGUUAUGGUCUGCUUGUGGUGGAGAAAGACUAAUAGUUUUCACAACAAAUCAUGUUGAGAAACUGGACCCAGCAUUGGUAAGAAAAGGAAGAAUGGAUAUGCACAUAGAGUUGUCAUACUGUAGCUUUGAGGCAUUCAAGAUAUUGGCUAAGAAUUAUGUUAAUAUUGAAUCACACCACUUAUUUAGCACAAUAUGUGAAUUGCUUAAGGAAACCAAAAUCACCCCAGCUGAUGUUGCAGAACAUUUGAUGCCAAAAUCUGCUUCUGGGGAUGCAGAAAUUUAUUUGAAUAGUCUGAUUCAAGCACUUGAAUUGGCAAAAGAAGAAACCAAGCUGAAAUCUGAGGAGGAUGCAAGAAAGAUAGAAGCAUCCUCCAAGCAAGAUUCUCAUUUGAUUGAAAAUGAUUCAUCAGCCAAAGCAAUCAGAAAGUCAGAAACUACACAUCAGCUUGAUGCAAAGUGAAGUCUACAAAGAUAAAUAGAGUGAAAGGAGUGGAAAAGUGGAAGAAGGGAAUGGUUAAGACAGGCACAAUAUACACUCAUUUUGUCGUUUACAACCUUAGAAAAUUAUAUAACUACACUGGUCCUGUAAGGCCAAGACUAUGUCCUAUAUAACGCAAUCUGUGUGGUGCCUAAUUGAUGACCUAACUCAAAAUCCAACCGAUAUAUGCUGAAUGGAUUAGAAUUGAAAGAAUAUAUCAGAACUUAUCAUUUGGCAAGUUUAUGAUAUAUUUCUUUAUACGCAAGCAUGCACUCAGUCCUCAGCAGAUUGCACUAAAUCGGGAGCUUUGAAAUGAAUGGUGAAAAGCAGAAAAAGCAGAUAGACAAGCAAUUUUAAAACAGGAAACAUCUAAGCUUUGUAUUUGUGAGCAGAUUCAGAUUGUCUAUUAUAUGGAUACGUGAAGAAAUAUUUUAAGGGAAAAAGAGUUCUCGUGUUGUAUAAGAAGUCUCCUCUCUUAUCACUCUCAUUUUGAUGUCCGUACUAAUCACUUUUUUUUUUUUUUUUUUAAGGUGAGCCCCACCCCUUUCUCUUUGUAAGAAAAUUUGAAUUUUUCAUGAAACAUGAGAAAUUGCA